AGCGGGCGGGAUGGGGAGGGCCGCGCUGUCGUCGCCAGCCUCCAGGCCGUGCCCCCUCCGCCGCGGCUGCCCGAGAGCUGCGCGGCGGGUCUCCUUCAGCCUCCACUUUCGAUCCCUCAACGAGCGCGACGCGGGGUGCCCCGCCCCGCCCGGCAGGUGCUGCUCUCCAAGUCGCUGCUUCUGACGUGAAGCCUGAGCGCUGCCCUCCAGAUCAGGCCCUUGCGUCUGGGUAGCUGGAGUUUAUCCUGGAGGAGCACGGGCUGCGCAGGUUCAAUACUCAAAACAUGAACAACGAUAUAUAUUACCAAUGUUCAAAGCUGAUUUGGCUAGAACUGGAAUACAGUUGCCUGCAACAUAUUCCAGAGGAAUUAGAAAAGUCAAAAUAAUGGAUAACAGAAAAGAUCCUCCAUUCUUCAAUGAAGAUAAUGUGGGACCAUUUUACUACAAACUUCCUUUCUAUGAUACCAUGGAGCUCUUCAUUGAAACAUUGACUGGAACAUGUUUUGAGCUGAGAGUUUCACCCUUUGAAGCUAUUAUUUAUGUGAAAGCAAAAAUUCAAAGAUUGGAAGGUAUUCCCAUCUGUCAGCAGCACUUAAUUUGGAAUAACAUGGAACUGGAAGAUGAUUAUUGCUUGAGUGAUUACAACAUUUCAGAAGGUUGUACCUUGAAGCUGGUAUUGGCUAUGCGUGGUGGACCUAUAAAUACUAGAAGAGUUCCUAUGGAAGAUCCACUUAGGGAGAUGGCUGAAUACAUGGAUUCCAGUCGAGAUGAGGGCUGGGAGAAGACCUCCUGCAACAAACAAGUUACGUUUUUGGUAUAUCGAGAAGGAGAUCAAUUGAAUUUCUUUCGUGUAGUGGAUAGGGGAGAUGGCACUUUAACACCAUUAUCUGAAUCUUUAAGUGGUGGUUCUGUGUAUAAUUUACAUGCUGAUGAAGAUGAGGAAAUUGAGCCUUCUCCUUCUGGACAACAGAUAAUUGAAAAUUCAAUAACUAUGAAUAAGAUGAAGCUGCUGAAGGCUAAGAUGGAGAACAUGAAUCUCAGCAAAAAGCCUAAGAAAGCCAUCAAGGUAAAACCUCGUCCACCUAUAGCUCCUCGACCUUCAAGUUGUUCCACGGCAGCUGCUCGCCACAGAUUGCUAAGGGUUCUCCCCCACAUCGGGCAGUCUUGUUUGCCUUCUCCUAGAAACGCAUGUCUACAUGACUCAACCAGCAAUGCAAUUUCAAGUUUGGGAACUCUGCCCCCUGCUGAUAGACCCAUAUCCUCUAUUGCUAGUGAUUUUCUUAAGGAAGAUGAUAACUGGGAGAGUAACACACUGUCUCAUUCCAAUAGUGGCUUCAAACUACCACCUGAGAUAUGCCAUACAGAGUCGGAAAGUGACAAAGAGCUUGCUGAUUCCGUUGCCCAUCUUGGAUUAUCCCUGCCUAGGCGGACAAAACUCUUUUCAGGGAAUUUUCCGCCUAAUAAUGAGGAUGACACUGUUUUAUUUUCAACUUCAGAAGAGUGUGUAACUGAAGAAUCACUUUUACCUGAAGUGGGUUCAUUUGCUUCAUGUACAGAAGGAAAUGCUGAUGAACAGAGCAGUGGCUUAGAAGGCACGCGCAAGGUAAAUCGAGAGUUCUUACUCACUAACGAUGAUAAAGGGUUGAAAGCUACAGAGCAGCAUCUUAAACAUGUUGCAAGAGUGUUGAGUGGUGAAUCAGUAGAGACUACAGUUCUCAACAACCGUGAAUUAAGUCCUCACAAGAAUAGACUCUUAUCACCUCUUCGCUGUUCUGCACCAAUGGCACUCCAUAAUUCUCUGGUGAAACCACAGAGACGGUCCAAAUGUUUUGAGUCUGGUAACCUCCAGUCUUCUGCUUCACAAAAUGUGCUUCGGUCAUUGGAUGUUCGAAAUAUAACUGAUUCUUCUUUCUCUAGGACUACUCGUUUUCGAGCUGUUAAAGUUGAUUCACCUGGGAAAAGAUCUGAUAUUAUUUCUAAAGUUGAGGCUCGGGAUAUCACAGAAAUGGCUAACAAGGCUUCCAAAGAGCCUGUUGGUUGUGUAAAUAAUAUAGGUUUUCUUGCGUCACUGGCCCGGAGCGCAAGCAGAGACAGCUUACAGAGCACACGUGGGGCAGGCAGGCUUCGGACCUCUGGAACUGGGCUGUCUACAAAGCUCCAGCAUUUUCAGGAAGAAAGCCUUAGGAAAAGUUCUCCCCAGUUAGAACCUUCCGAAUUUUUUCUAUCUACCCGUGGUACUGGAAUGAAUGGAAAUAAUACAGCAACAGGGAAAAGAGUAGGAGAAUGUACUCAUCACCUCCCACCUGUGAAAGCCCCUAUUCAAACAAAGAAGAAAACAGCAAAGCAUUGUUUUCUUUGUGGAAAGAAAACUGGACUGGCUACUAGCUACGAAUGCAGAUGUGGAAACAACUUCUGUGCAUCUCAUCGCUAUGCAGAAACUCACAGCUGCACAUAUGAUUAUAAGAGUGCAGGGAGGAGAUACUUACAGGAGGCAAAUCCUGUGGUUAAUGCACCAAAACUUCCAAAAAUCUAACUCUUGCUCUGCGCAUGACUGUUCUGCAUGAGGAAUCGUAUUACAAUGACAGAAGAAAAAUCGUUUAGACUGCAUUAUUUUUGUUCGACUCCAAAGAUUUGCCAAAUAAUGAAAGCAUAUAAUGCAUACCAUUGGAAAAUGAAAAGGCUGCUGUAAUUGACAUCUUUAUUCUUUGGUGAAUCACAAAUUUUAAAAGUAGUUUAAAAAUCUUUAUAAUGAUUUAACUUUGUUAUUGCAUGUCUUGUGUUAAGUAUUUUAUAUUUGAUAUUGCAAUUUUACUGGACAAAUCUUCAAAAGAUGCACUUUAGGAAGUUAACAUUGACCAUGUAACCAGCUUUUACAUUAUACAGAAAUGAGCUGUCAUGUAAUGGCUCUACUCAAAUCUACAAUUUUUUGUGGGGGUGGGGUGGGUGGGGAUUAAAAAAAAAAUCCCAUAUGUGAAAGUUUAUUGCGUUUAUUGGCAAGUUUCUUUUUAUGUCAAGCUUUUUAUAAAAAAGAACAUUUGGUUUUCCAGUGUAGUUUUGACAUAUGUUUCUUCCAUAUUCAGAUUGGCAUUCAGAUAUAUAUCCAUUCUAUAAAACACAUCAUGUUAAUCGUAGUAUAUAUUUUUAAAUACUACUUUUUGAAUGGUAGUUUUACAAUAGAAGAUAUCCUACUUGUUGCCAUUAAAUACAGAACACAGCUUUUCAGUCCUUGAAAAAUGGUUAUAUUUGAAACAUGGUUAUAUUUGAAACAUGGUUAUAUUUAAAACAAAAAUCUCACAGCUUUGUUUGUUUUUCUUGUAUGUUGAGUGCUAUUACCAGAAGAAAUUCAAAUAAAUAUUCUGUUCCAUUAUGAUAUUAUUUGAUUAUUUACAGUAAUUUUUCUUUCUAAAUACUUAAAAAAGCCACUUAAUUAAAUAAAUCAGUAAUGUAUUAUACUUGGAAAAAAUAGAAAAGUAUUCUUUUUAGGGUUGAAGGACCCUGCUUCCCAGAUGUAGCUAAUAUACCAUUCCAGCUUAGGGGAGGCCACUUGCUUUAUGGCAGGUUAGUUGAUGCUGAACCCUGGAAAAUAGCUGGCAGGCAUCCCCAGUAGACUCUGUAACUCUAGCCCAACCGAAGUGGGAUCUGCAUGGGUAUCAGAAGGCCAAUUUAGGUGCUUCACAGGGCCUCUUUCUCCAUGCAUGACUGAAUGAACUGGAGAGUCCUGUUAUCCUUCCUCUACUUCCUGUAAGAGUAAAUGUUGAGUGGGAAAAAUGCUUUCAUCUCUCCGAAGGCAUUCUCCUUCAGAACAAGAAGGGAAUACAUUUACAAGAGGGAAAGACAAAAAAUUAGUGGAGUAGUAAUAGGGGGUGCUGGCAUACUUUUUAAGGGAGGCUAUAUAGGCUAAUGAAAAAUAUUUUCAUCUAUGUUGGGUAGUUCAGUUUUUUCUCCCUUUAGCAAGACAACUUGUGUGUUAGGCAUUUAAAAUCUGUUACAUGGAUUGGCUAUUAUAUGGAUUAGCUGCUGAAAAAAUGCACCAAUAUAUAUUUAUUCUAUAAGUAAAUAUGGAUAUCUAGGACAUAUUUGAUAUAUGCAUAGUACACUAUACUUUUUCUUUUUAGCCACCCCCCCCAGCAUAU